UUUGUCCACAUUUAACCCAACCGCUAGGUCAAAACAACCCAAUCGCUGGGUUUGUCCACCUUUAACCCAACUGCUAGGUCAAAACAACCCAAUCACUGGGUUUGUCCAUAUUUAACCCAAUCGCUGUUUGUUGACAUAUAACACAAUAGCUAGGUUUGUCCAAAUUUAUCCCAACUGCUGGGCCAAAACAACACAAUCGCUGGAUUGAUCCAUUUUUAACCCAGCUUGGGUUGUUUUUUAACCCAAAAGCAUUUUUUUAGAGUGUGUCCAAAUGCCGAACAUCUUGCACUUACAGUGUAGCUCUGAUAGUCUGGAUCUGAGCAUAAAGAAAUAAUCUGGUUUAGUUUACAGGUGAGCAGUGCCAAGAGCCGGUUUUACACUUUCUUAAGAAGAGCCUGAAUGUAAUUAGUCAUCACAUGGCACACAGUAAUUGAAUAUUUAUGCAAAUGAGCAACAGAAACCACACUACAAUGUUGGACACAUGAAAUGUUUGUUUAAUUAGAAAGACGAUAAUAUAUUACUGCUGCUGUGGUUUUUAAUGCCAUUAUCAACUGCCACAAUUUUAUCUUUGUUUACAAUUUGAGCCAAAAAAAAAAAAAGGUUCUAGUUUAGGUAUAAGUCUUCAAAAGGAUGUUCAUUUAUUUAUGCUACUGCCGUUAAUUGGUAGUUUGGUCCAAACUAAAUGAUCUUAUUCAAGUUUUAAUGUUUAAUCUGUCAUUAUUUUAUAAAUGUCCAUAUCCGUUAAUGUAGUCAUUGCACACACACAGAGCAACAUGUUUUGCAAAUAAAUUGUUGCAUUUCCAGGUUUCCUUGUCAAUGAAAUCUGAUGGAACACUGGAUCGUUUUCCUAGUUGUCUUUGUUUGUGUUUUAUGUAAAUGGUGCAUGUUGUAAUAUUGUCAAACAAUGGAUCGUUAAAUUAAUAACAGGAUGAAAUGCAAACCAAAGGCUUAAGCAAACCUAGCUCGUAUUGCAUGCAAUGUUACAUUGUUUGAAAAAUACCAUGAUUCUCUUGUGACUUGUGAUCAAACAUUAUUCAACCAUGAGAUAUACCACAGUCUAGUCUAGCCCAUGUGAAAGAAGAACUAUAGUGCUUUUGUUCUAGUUUAAUCUAAAGUGUUUGUGUACAUUUAGAUGGUGUGGUUUUGUAAAGAUCUCAACCCUAUGGGCUUGACCAUUAUGAGCCCUCCUCCAGUGGGCGUGGCUUUCACUCCUCUUCUACUGUUGUAUUCGCUUCAGCAAAUAGAGAUCAGAACAAGAAAGAGACGUAGGAGAGUAAGCAUCGGCGAGGAAGUACAUUUAAGAACCGAGAGAGACAAAAGACACACUCCAAAAUAAUCCUGUGGACAAGGAUCUUACAUGACAGCUGCUCUAAGAAAGCACAUUCAUCGAGAGUUUUAGAGGCAUCGAUUGUGUGAUACUGGAAUUGUACUUCUUUCUUUCUUUUUUUUUUUAACAACUUUUUUUAAUCUGUGGAUAUUUGAAAAUUGACCCUUCGUUUUGUUGUCUUCAUCGUUAACAUAAUGCGCUAACGCGUUUAUGCCUCGGCGGAUAUGUCUGACACGUCCAGAGAGCAAACGCUGGCCAAUGACCCGGCCUCGCAGGGAAUCGAAGAGAGCACCGGUGGCGGAGGUGUCUCGGGCUCCGAGCACUUCGCCUUCCCUCAGCCGAGCGAAGGGGACCCGUUAAGGGGAGGGAUUUCCAUGUCGAAUAGUCACCAGUCGAGGUCACCGAUGUCCCGAACUUUCUCCAGGUCCUCUAGUGGCUAUUUUUCCGUCGACAGCGAUUCUGUGCCAGGUUCCCCUCUAAUGCCUAAUAUUUCCGAAGCGCAAGAUGGUCAAAAUGAUGAGGUAUGGUUCGCCGAACAUAGCCACCAGCACGCGCAGAUGGCAGCACCUGUUGGAGCCAUGCGGCCAGAGAUGGCGGUCGCUCGGGAGCUGCGGCGCAUCGGAGACGAGUUCAACCGCCUGUACUGUCAUGGGGCUGGUCCAGGCGGGAACAACGCGGCCCAGCUGCACGCUCCCAACGAACAUCCCAUCGUCGUGUGGAUGAAUGACGUGAUUGCACGUCUAGUACAGUUUUUCCUGCGAAGAAGAUGAUUGACACAUUGAAUGCCCAGCAGACGUGUAGCAAACAUGUAGCAUCCUCCUCUCUUGACUGUAUAUUUGUACAUAAAUAAGGGAUAACAGCAGUGCUGCUCAUCCGCAACCUCUCCGGGUUUCGGCGUACAGUUUUGGACCUGUCGGGAUGUGUGCAGAUCUGGACGGAUAUAUUAAUUGGGAACCCUCGGCCAUCCAUAGACUGACUCACAGCAGAGUUUCCUGCGUUCACAUGGAAAGCUGAGCCAUUAGAUGCUGUGUUGACGUGAAAAUUGUGGAGGUUUUUGUUGCACCGUAUGAUCCCCAUGCGGAGUGUGGAAACCGUGCCUUCAUUGCCUGUUUGCCCUUGACAUGCCUCUCCUUUCUUGUCUUCACCUAUCUGUCUUUUUUCUUCAUGGCUUUUAUAUUUAUUUUUCACUGUAUUUAAUUUGUACAUCUUAUGUAUAAUUUCAUGAACGUGGACGUUAGUCGGUCAAGCGAUGACAUUAUUGGUUCUGCCUGUCCCUCGCGUGUUUUUAUUGGCUCCAAGUUUGCACUUGCGUUUGGUUUGCGUAGUCUAUACAAAUCGGAUGAAAUAUAACAUAAUAAUCCCAUAACAGAAAAUGAAGUUGAUUUGAGACCAAAAACAUCAACAAUAUACAGAGAUUUUACCUAUUCUUUCAAAAACUGUUUGCAUGAUGAAUGAACUUUCGCCAGUCUUUCAUUGGCUUCCGAGUUCGAAAUACAAGCCAAAUAAUUAAAAGGCCUUUUCACAUGACUCAUGUCAACAUCUCCCAAAAAACUGAACUCUUAAAAAGCUUGAAUGCAGGUCAAGCAUUGUAACUUUGGGGACAUUAUAAAAUGUAAAACUAGUACAAAGCACUAGUAUAAGUUGUAAUUUGGCUGCCAAGUAAAAAUGACAAAGAUAAAUAAUGAAUAUUUUCCAAGAGAUCGCAACCUUAAAGCGCGGCUACAUUUACCGUUGCUCUACGAAAUUUCGCAGGCGAAAUCCAGUCAUUUCAAUACAUGUUCGGGAGUUUCGUGUGAUUGCGGAAAACCCGUGCAGAUUUCAUUCAUGUUCAAGUUAGUCAUGCAAAUUCUCUGCUUUGACUGACAGAAAGCUGCUUGGUCUGAAAGUGACUUCUCUGUAAGCAACACUAUUAACAAUAGACAAUAAACCUUUUUUGCCUGCGAAAUUUUGCUAACGUAACCGCACCUAUAGAGUUAUACCCAUUGAUAUGUCCUUACAGAGCUCCGCACAUGACAUGUACGAAAAAAAAUCCCUUGAUUUUCUAAAUCGUGCACACAAUUUACUAUUUUGUUUCCUCGAUUUGCUAAAUUGUGCACGAUUUAAUAUUUCAUUCCCGCAAUUUGCUAAAUUGUGCGCACGAUUUACUAUUUUAUUCCCGUGAUUUGCUAAAUCGCGCUCACGAUUUACUAUUUCAUUCUCGCAAUUUGCUAAAUUGUGCGGACGAUUUGUUAUUUCAUUCCCACGAUUUGCUAAAUUGCGCUCACGAUUUAAUAUUUCAUUCUCGCAAUUUGCUAAAUUGUGCGGACGAUUUGCUAUUUCAUUCCCGCGAUUUGCUAAAUUGCGCUCACGAUUUAAUAUUUCAUUCUCGCAAUUUGCUAAAUUGUGCGGACGAUUUACUAUUUCAUUCCCGCGAUUUGCUAAAUUGUGCGGACGAUUUACUAUUUCAUUCCCGCGAUUUGCUAAAUUGCGCUCACGAUUUAAUAUUUAAUUCUCGCAAUUUGCUAAAUUGUGCGGCCGAUUUACUAUUUCAUUCUCGCAAUUUGCUAAAUUGUGCGGACGAUUUGCUAUUUCAUUCCCGCGAUUUGCUAAAUUGUGCGGAUGAUUUACUAUUUCAUUCCUGCGAUUUGCUAAAUUGUGCUCACGAUUUACUAUUUCAUUCUCGCAAUUUGCUAAAUUGUGCGGACGAUUUGCUAUUUCAUUCCCGCGAUUUGCUAAAUUGUGCGCACGAUUUACUAUUUCAUUCCCGCGAUUUGCUAAAUUGUGCGCACAAUUUACUAUUUCAUUCCCGCGAUUUGCUAAAUUGUGCGCACAAUUUACUUUUUCUUCUUGCAUGUCAUGUGUGGGGCUCCGUAGUCCUUACCAAUAAUAUAACAUUCAAAUUUCAAAUAAUUUCCGCUCUCAUCAUCUCGUGUCAUAUACAACACAACAUACUGAGCAGUGAAUAUACGUUUUACUUGUCAUUUUCCGGUUAUAGGCUCAAAUGCACGUCAAGCCUCUUGUUUACUUUCACUUUAUUCCUCUUCGCCAGUGCUCUGUCUGCAAUGCUUUUCGUGCAAAGUUCAAAGUGUGGCAUUGUUUAGAGUCAUGUGAAAAGGUCUUACGAACACCUUCAGGUACUAGAACAGUAUAUGAAUUAUUUUAUGUAAGUGAAUACCAGUAAAAAUUAAUCACAUUGGACAGGCAAAGGUAGUGAGUAUGUGUAACUAAUAUGGACGUCUUUGUUAUUUUAACAUCAUAAACAUUUGGUAUUUCGGUUUGUUUGAUUCUUUGUUUGGUCUUUAUUAGAGAUGGGAAAUGAGAGCAUAAGUGAAAUUUUAAUGAUUCCAUUAAUAUUCCAACAGAUUGUGCUUAUGCCUAGUUUUGUGAAUCUAGUUUAGGUCAAGGGGUUUUUAUGUGGAUUUUAUCAUUUAGUUAGUUGCUGUUGCAAACAGCUUUAUCCCAAAGUGAUCAUACAUGUGAAAAAACCUGCAAUAAAGUGCCUUGCUCAAUAGAGCAGGUUUUUUUUUUUUUAUUAUUAUUAUUAUUAUUACACCAAACUUGGGAAUGAAUUUGCAACCCUUAUAGUUAAUUGCCCUUGUCCACCAGUAGUGCACACUAUUCAACACCAGCCUUACCCCACUUCUAACAAACUGGCUUGACUAAUUGACCUUUAACCAGCCUCAGGGACUAAGGGAAAUACGCCUGUGUAGAUUUCUUGAACAAACCAGUCUUCCAUCUUUACUUCGGUGUAUUGGUUCUCUUCCUGGCUUUGCUUUUUAUCACCAUUGUCCCAGUAUUCCAGUAAACAAUGCACAAGGCUCAGGACGAGUCGUCAAGUAUGUUGGUAUAAUACUGUGUUUUAUAAUUGCAAAGAAUUGAGUAAAUAUGAACUGAUGUGUUGACUACCUACCAUGAAUGGUAUUGCCGAAAGUUUAAGAAGUAGAUAUAUAAGAUCCGUCGGUUAGACAUUCCACGUGUGGAAGACGCAUGGCCCUGUGUUAUCAUAUGCAUUUGUUUGUAUGUCGGUUUUAUAGAUUCUCUUUGCCAAAAUGACAGUUGUCUACCGUUCCAGGUUUACCACUCAAACCAAAGACCUCGUUUUUCAAUGCUACUGGCAUUGUGCGUUGUGUCAUGCUCUAUGUUUUCGUUCUCUGCCUUUGCUGAAGGACUCUAGCAGCUUAACCUUUGAUUCCAGAACAAACCUUUUUUUCUGAGGGAAAUCCAUGAAUUUCAGGCCAACCUGUGUAUUUCCCACUGGACCUCUGACUGAGUCUUUUCAGUCCUGUUGCACUGAACACCCGCAUCGCCCAAUCUGACGCCACCCAGGACCCAGUACAUUUGUAGCACAAUGACAAUUUUUGUUUUUGUUUGUUUUGUCUGUUAAAUGCAUCUUUUUGUAUUUUGCACUGAACUUUCUAUGUGCUAAUUUGUGCAAUACUGCUGUAAAUAAAAGCCGCUUUUUUCAACUUUCUAAA